AUGCUGCGACGGAGAGGGAGGACUCUGGCAGGAGGAAGACGGAGAGGAAACCAGGAGAGAGAAGGACAGAUAGAACAAGGAGACCAGGAUGAAGGAGGGGAGACGGGAACGGCUCUCGCUGAGUGCCUGACUUUAUGCUCGGAGGGACCAGCGCGAGGAACGAAGGGGGACGGAACGGCCACUGUCUCUGCGGGCCCCAUACAGGGGGUGGGACCACCCCGUUGGGGGCGGCACUUGAAGAAAGAGGAGAAGGGAGAGGCAGGGUCGCUGGUGCGUUCGCGUGCAGCCACCAAGACGGGGCACGCACGUUCCGCGGGCGAUGCCUUCAAAGAUGACUGCCUCAACGACGAAGACUUGGAGCUUCUUUUGAAGAGCGGCGCCUUCUUCGACACUCCACCUCGAGACGGCGAGGCAGCGUUUAUGAACGAUGGGCAGCUGAGGUUGAUGCUUCGUCCCGAAACGACAGCGAGAGGGCGCAGGGACGAAGGGUGGCCUUUGAGGGCGGCCGACGUAGAGGAACAGUGGACGUUUCUCGAAAAGGAAGAAGGCUCAAACGGAGAGACAGGCGAGGGACACAGUCUUGGUGACUGCGAUUUUCAGUCAGCUCUCUCAGACCUAGGCGAGGCGAGCGACGGGCGACUGGGGGCGGAAGUCGAGAACGAGAACAGAGAAGGGUGGCCAGAAGGAUCGGCGAGAAUUCUGGGCAAACAAGGAAGGUCUCACGGAGUCAAGGGAAGAGCCAAGAGAGACACCUUCUCGAAGGACGACCUUCAAAAGAGACGCGCCGGGGACGGCGGAGGCGUCGCCGGCCGCGACUCCGGAGAAGGUGCGCCUCUUCAGAGGGACUCAGCGAAAGGCUUGACGCCUCUUCUCCUGGACGGCGCGAGCAUCGCUUUCGAACACGGCCGGCAACGGCGCCUCUCUCCUCUCGGAGUUUCAUUUGCUGUCGCGCGCGUCUUUGAGCUCGGCCUUCCUGCCAAAGUGCUGUUGCCUUUCUGGUUGGCGGGCGAGGAGCACUUCUACCCGACGUUUUUCUUGGGAAAUGCAAAAGGGGUUGCGCUCUGGCAGCAAGUGCGGCAAGGCCUGCAAGAGGACAGCAUGCUCGUUGUUCUUCCCGACCCAAACGCCCAUCUCCCCGAAGAGAGCCACGCGCGCUGGUACCCAACGCGGGACUGCUUCAAAUCGCUGUCAGACGCUCUGGAAAUCGCGAGGCUGUGCAAGCAGUGGGGCGCCGCACUGUGCUCGAACGACUUUGAGCAGUUUCUUCGUCUCGUCGUUGGUCAGAAGAACAAGAAGAUGGCGGAGAUCUACGACUUUGUUUCCCGUUCUUCGGUCCUCCUGGCUUUCCACAAAAAUGAGAUGCAUCUUAUUCUAGACUCACAAGGUGGGUAUCCGACCUGCAAAGUUUGCGAAACUUGCUUUCACCGCUGCCUCCCUAGGCUCAGACGUCAAUCCCUGUAG